AUGAUCUCGCCACCCGAUCUCGACCCAUACGUGGUGCUGGGCGUUUCCAAGGAUGCCACCGUCUCCGAGAUCCGAGCUGCCCAUCGAAAACGAGUAUUGAAGUGCCAUCCCGACAAGGUGCAAGAUGAAUCCCAACGAAUUGCUGCUCAAGAUGAGUUUCAGCGAGUCCAGCAAGCCUACGAAACACUAUCCGAUGAGACACGACGCGCCCGCUACGACCAAAAGGCCAAAUUAGCAGAGCUAAAGCGGGAACUGCUCGAGAAGCGCAGAAGAACCGCAGAGUCAACGCCGUAUUCCUCUCCACGAGGAAGUGGAAGUGGGGCUCCCCGCGAAGUGCGAGAAGGUCGCGUCUUUGAGGAACGAGUCCCGGUGGAUAACAUCUUGGAUGAGGAAUUGCGGUACACCGAAGAGCCCCGUUCCAUGUCGCGCAAGUACGAAGAGUUUGGCAUGCGAUCCAAGUCGAAAUCUACCGAUGAAAAGAAGGCCCGCGCGCCUACGAGUAGCCAUCGAGCUGCCAAGGAACAGCGCGAGACAACCAAAGCAAAGCUGGCUGAUCAAGCCAAGCAACGCGACCGCGAGCGCCGCAGCCACAGGCAAGCCUCUGCCAAGUACGAUACCUACGACACGCUUGCGGAAUCCGAUAGCGGUUCCGAAUCCAGUGGCUCUGAAAUCUACGUGCGUCUAAAGAAGCCGACUUACCGAUCCCGCGAGUCCCGUGAAACCCGGGAAUCCAGGGAAUCGCGAUCCCGGCCUACGGAAUCGGUACGGCAUCGUGGUCAUUCAUACGAUGACGACGAUGAUGAAGAUGGGCUUCCCGGUCGAUCCAGCAGCCACAAGCUUCAUCGACAGCAGUACGAGGCUGAGGAGCACAUCCAUCGCUCCAAGCAUGAAGGCCCGCGGGGAUCUCGGUCUCCACAGCGACACCGUGGUUAUGAGUCGGCCGAACCAGAGAUGAACACCAGCCGGCGCACGGCUCGGUCCUCCCGAUCAGCCCGGAACCAGUCUUCCUCGCGCAACAACUCCUGGGAGGACCUAGACUCCCCGCGUCGGGAGCGUGAAGAGUUCAAGGUUCCCAAGAUGCCUAGCUCUUCCACCUCUCCUGCAUACAAGUCAUCUAUCCGCCCUUCCUUGUUUGGAGCCCGCGCCACUACCUCUACCGGCUUCACUCGUCCUAAACGGGAGAGUUCUAGCCGUGACGAGACCAUUCUGGACAAAAUGGUCCGUGAGGCGGCACCCCGAUCCUCAAGACGCUACGACUCUGGCUACUCCAGCCCCAGCACCCCCGAGAUACCCGCCAGGGGCUCCUCCCCCAGCAAGACGGCCACCCGCUACAAGAUCGUUGACCCAGUGAUCAUCGAGCCUUCGAAAGCCUCGUCCAAGUACCGCUCGGUAUCUCCCGAGAGGGCUCGUAUGACCCCCAAGCGAGCCAGCACUUUUGCCACCUUCGACUCAGAGUCCCCUCGCAUAGAGGUCCGCUCUGUGCGUUCUGUACGGACGUACGAUGAUGUCGAAUACACUGCUCGCCCCCGAGCUCAAGAUGUCCAGUACACCCGUGAGAUUCGACCUAACGACGUCCACGUUUCGCCUGGCCGAUCUCAUUACUACAAUGACCCCCGCCAUCCCUCAGUGGGAAGACGGCAGUCAACCUUUGCAUGA